UGUACACACAGACAUGUACAUACACACACAGAAACAUGUACACACACGCACAGAGACACACGUACACACACAUACAGACACAUGUAUACACACACACAGGCACAUACAGACACACAUAUACACAGAUACAUGUACAUACACACACGUACAUACAUACACACACACAUGUACGUGUGCACACACACAAACAGACACAAGUACACACACGUGUACAUACACGCAGUCACCGCAUAAAAAGUUGCAGUACUUCGUUGUUCACGCACAGAGCCGGGUACUGCACUCUAGGGGGAGGCAGAGAGCACAGCACACACUCCUUGCUUUGCUUUCACUGUGCUCAGCUAUUGACCAGUCUGACAGCUCCUAGUGCCAAUGACAGAUCCGGCCUGAGCUCCGAGCCUCCUGAGCAAGACGGCCCUGGGGGACACACUCGCCCCCACCAUAAUUUCCACUCGCCAUUGGCGAGCAGGCGAGUGGAAAUUUCAAGCCCUGCUUCACAGGCUCCUUUG